AUGAGCAACAUGUCGACUCACUCCAACAUGGAGCGUUUGGAGCCCGUCGAGUCGCCCGUUCGUCGAUCCGCCAUCGGCCGCAGAUUCCAUGCUAUGUGGAAGGCUGUCGAUCGCUGUGACAAGCGAAUCUCCACGUCCACCUUUGGACGAAUCUUCAGACUCGAGGGAAGCGGUCAUCCUAAGGAGAUACCCGAUACAUCAUUCUUUAGGGAGAUUCGCGCGGGAGUGACCACCUUUGCGACCAUGGCGUACAUCAUCGCUGUCAAUGCAAUCAUUCUUUCGCAGACAGGCGGAACUUGUGAGUGCGACUUGGUAAACAGAGCCGACUGCGACAACAUCGACAGCUACAAGGCUUGCAAAGAGAAUGUUCGUCUUGACCUGAUCACUGCGACUGCUGCCAUCGCCGGCCUCGCUAGCUUCAUCUUUGGUUUCUUCACCAAUCUGCCAGUGGCCCUUGCUCCAGGCAUGGGCCUCAACGCAUACUUCGCUUUCCAGGUCGUCGGCCCCAACGGCUCAGGCAACAUUCCCUACCGUGUCGCCUUGACAGCAGUCUUCGUGGAGGGGCUCAUCUUCAUCGUCCUUGCUCUUACCGGAAUGCGCCAGUGGCUUGUCAAGCUCAUCCCCGCCACUAUCAAGACGGCAACCGGCGUCGGUAUCGGCUUCUUCUUGACGGAGAUUGGACUUUCUUAUUCGGCCGGAAUCGGUGCCAUUACUGGAGGCUGGAAGUCUACCCCGCUCGCCAUCGCCGGAUGCCCUGUUGAGAUGAUCGACCCGGACACCCAGAUGUGUGCUGGAGGUAUCAUGUCGAGCCCCAAGAUGUGGACGGCAAUCUUCGCUGGCGGGCUUGUCACGGCCUAUCUGAUGUCAUUCCGGGUCAAGUAUGCUCUCAUCAUGGGUAUUGCCCUGGUGUCCAUCUUGUCCUGGCCACGCAACACAUCCAUCACCUACUUCCCCUACAACGAGGAAGGCGAGAAUCGCUUCAACUUCUUCAAAAACGUCGUCACGUUCCAUCCAAUCCAGCACACCCUCAACGCCCUGGACUGGGAUGUCACAAAGAAUGGAUCGCAAUUCGCCCUGGCUCUCUUCACCUUCCUCUACGUCGACAUCAUUGACGCCACAGCCACGCUGUACUCCAUGGUCCGUUUUUGUGGCGUUGUCGACCCCAAGGACGGUGAUUUCCCUCGUUCUACCAUUGCCUAUUGCUGCGACGCGGCAUGCAUCUCCAUCGGCUCGCUGUUCGGUUGUUCUCCAGUCACGGCCUUCAUCGAGAGCGGUGCGGGUAUUGCAGAAGGUGGCCGCACCGGACUGACAUCCAUGACCACCGGCCUUUGCUUCCUCGUCUCCAUCUUCUUUGCUCCCAUCUUUGCGUCUAUCCCGCCUUGGGCAACCGGUUGCACGCUCGUUCUGGUCGGCUGCAUGAUGAUUCGUCAAAUUACCCAGAUCAACUGGCGCUAUAUUGGCGAUGUUCUUCCAUCCUUUGUCGUAAUGACUUUCAUUCCCUUCUCGUACAGCGUCGCUUACGGCCUUAUCGCGGGCGUUUUCGUGUACACUGUUCUUAACGGCCUGAUCGCCUUGACUGUCUGGCUGUCUGGGGGUAGAAUCGAGCCCCGCGAGUACGAUGCGAAGGAAUACUGGUCCUGGAGAGGCUCUGGCAAGAAGCCUUGGUUUGUGCGUGCUGUCCGCAACAGCUGCUUCAGCAACGGCGACAACGACAGCAAGCGCCAGUUUAACAUGCAGGACGACCACGAUAGCUCCUACGCUCCGGGUUCGCGCAUGGGUUCAUCGGACCAAAAGGAGGACGGUGUUCACAUGGUGACGAUCCCACAGCGGGCGGUCACGCCGCCUCCGACCUUGCGUCAACGCAAUUACGACGUCUUGCAGAACACUCAAAAAGCUCAGCGACCAACCUCCACCAAGUCCACCAGUAAUUACCCCUCCUCCGCCUCCAAGAUGAGUGGUGGAUGGAAUACCAUCGAGUCCGAUGCAGGCGUUUUCACCUACCUGCUCGAGAACCUCGGUGUCAAGGGCGUUCAGUUUGAAGAGCUGCUCACGCUCUCUCCUGAUGAGCUAGCGCCGCUGCAGCCAAUCUACGGCAUUAUCUUCCUCUUCCGCUACCCUUCCGAAGGCCUGCCCGCGCGGCCAGCAGACUCCUACGACCGCGAUGCCGCCGAGAGCCUCUUCUUCGCCCAGCAGACGAUACAGAAUGCCUGCGGCACGCAAGCGCUGCUGAGCGUCGUUCUUAACAAGACCAACGAGGUGGAGAUUGGCGAGAAGCUUGGCGAAUUCCGUGAAUUCACCAUGGUUCUGCCUCCCGAGUUCCGCGGGGAGGCACUCAGCAACUCUGAGCUGAUCCGCGAUGUACACAACAGCUUCGCCAAGAGCAGUCCCUUCGUCGACGAGACGCAAAAGACGGGCGAGGCCGAGGAUGCCUUCCACUUUAUCGCCUACACGCCCAUCAAUGGCAAGCUGUACGAGCUGGAUGGACUGCAGCCUGCGCCUAUCUCUCACGGCGCCUGCACGACCGAAGAGUUUCCAACCAAGGUGACGCAGGUCCUCCAGGACCGCAUGCUUACGUACGCCAGCUCCGAGAUUCGGUUCAACGUGCUGGCCAUGGUACGCGACCCGAGGAUUGUCGCCAAGGAGAUUGGUGAUUCCGAGACCUUGGAGCGAGAAAACGAGAAGCGCCGCAACUGGAGAUUCGAGAACGCUCUGCGUCGACACAACUUUGUUGGCUUCGCUGGCGAGGUCCUGAAAGGUGUUGUCGCGCAGAAGGUUGAGGGCGGCGAUGCGGCAUACGAUGCCUGGAUCAAGGAGGGCCUCGAGCGGAGGAAGAGAGAUGAGGAUGCCGUGAGAUUGAGGCGGAAGAUGGGUGGCGGCGGUGACGACGACGAAGAGAUGAUCGGUUAA